GGGGGGGGGGGGGGGGGGGGCGGUGAGCGGCCGCCCCGGCCCGUGCCCGCGUCUCCCGUGUCUCCGUGUCGGUGCGGUUUGCUGCGGAGGGGGGGAAGGGGCCGGCUCGCUGCCCGCCGGCCCGGCCCGUUUGCGGGCGGAUUGAUGUGGGGGGGUCUGACAUGAGUCCGCCGGCGGCCGGGUGCUGCCAUGUGACCGGCUUCAAGGUGGAGAACUGGAAGCAGAACCUACGGGCGAUUUACCAGUGCUUCGUGUGGAGCGGCUCGGCCGAGACCAGGAAGCGCAAGGCAAAGUCGUGCAUUUGUCAUAUGUGUGGUGCCCACCUGAACAGACUCCACUCUUGCCUCUACUGUGUCUUCUUUGGCUGUUUUACAAAGAAACAUAUUCACGAGCACGCAAAGACAAAGCGACACAAUUUAGCCAUAGACCUUUUGUAUGGGGGUAUAUACUGCUUUAUGUGUCAAGAUUACAUAUACGACAAAGACAUGGAACAAAUUGCCAAAGAAGAACAACGAAAAGCUUGGAAAUUACAAGCCUUCACCCCAACAGUGGUUUCUCACUACCAGUGUACAAUGACAGGCAUUGGAGAGAAGUAUUCAACAUGGGAGCCAACCAAACGAGAGUUAGAAUUGCUACGACACAACCCCAAGCGGAGAAAAAUAACCACAAACUGCACCAUAGGUCUACGAGGGCUAAUCAAUCUUGGGAACACAUGUUUUAUGAACUGUAUUGUCCAGGCACUUACCCACACUCCACUGCUGCGAGAUUUCUUCCUCUCCGACAGGCACAAAUGUGAAAUGCAAAGCCCCAGCUCAUGUCUGGUCUGUGAAAUGUCUACGCUUUUUCAGGAGUUUUACUCUGGGCACCGAUCUCCUCACAUUCCAUAUAGGUUAUUGCACCUGGUAUGGACUCAUGCACGGCAUUUAGCAGGGUACGAGCAACAAGAUGCACACGAGUUCCUCAUUGCUGCAUUAGAUGUGCUACACAGACACUGCAAAGGUGAUGAUAAUGGGAAGAAGGCCAACAACCCCAACCACUGUAACUGCAUCAUAGACCAAAUCUUCACAGGCGGACUGCAGUCUGAUGUUACCUGUCAAGUCUGCCAUGGCGUUUCCACAACGAUAGACCCAUUUUGGGACAUCAGUUUGGAUUUGCCAGGGUCCUCCACCCCGUUCUGGCCACUGAGUCCGGGGAGUGAUGGCAGUGUCGUAAAUGGGGAAAGCCAUGUAUCAGGCACCACCACUCUCACAGACUGCUUGCGAAGGUUUACACGGCCAGAACAUCUAGGAAGCAGUGCCAAAAUCAAAUGUAGUGGUUGCCAUAGCUACCAGGAAUCUACCAAACAACUCACUAUGAAGAAGUUACCCAUUGUGGCCUGUUUUCAUCUCAAACGGUUUGAACACUCAGCCAAACUGAGGCGAAAGAUCACUACGUAUGUCUCAUUUCCGCUGGAGCUGGACAUGACACCAUUCAUGGCUUCCAGUAAAGAGAGCAGAAUGAACGGGCAAUACCAGCAGCCGACGGAUAGUCUAAACAAUGAUAAUAAGUAUUCCUUGUUUGCAGUAGUUAAUCACCAGGGAACCUUGGAGAGUGGGCACUAUACCAGCUUCAUCCGGCAGCACAAGGACCAGUGGUUCAAGUGUGAUGAUGCCAUUAUCACCAAGGCUAGCAUUAAGGAUGUGCUAGACAGUGAAGGAUAUUUGCUGUUCUAUCACAAACAGUUCCUGGAGUAUGAAUAGCCUUAUCCAGCAGCUUGUCAGAUAUAAACAAGGAAGAAAAUAAGCAAGCCUUCUGAAUCGACACACAAACCUACCUGAAAUGAAAAGACCCAUUAAAAAACAACUAGCACUGAGCUGUAACAGGACCUACUUGACACUGACUCAAAGCCUGGCGGAGUAAGAAAUGAACAAUGUCCAACGUGUACGCAGUCCCGCAAGGACAGAAAGGGGGAAAAAAGAGGCUACAGUCAGUCACUUAACAGAGGAAAUAAAAAAUGAAAGGAAUGCUCUGGGUGGGGGAAACGGGAGCAGAGGAGUCCGGGCACUGGUACAUCUCCUAUGUUCCUCCAAAAUGUGUGUGGGAAGGCAAGGGGUUAUACCCUCAUCUCCAUAAAGCAUCUUCUCCAUUUGGUGCUUCAGCUCCAACGACCAAUCAUAUAACAGUUAAAAUUAAAAAUCCAAGCCCAUUUUUUAUGCAUAUGGGUCUGAAAGCAGUAGAGUGGAGGAGGAGGGGAUGACACAACUAAAGGACUUUGCAAGUAUCUUUUUAUUUGUGAAUUUUAGUUAUUAAAUAAAUACAGUAUGAAACUAUUAGGCUCUUUUUUUUCAACAACCAUAAAAGAAAUCCUGGAUUGUGGAACUGAAGCUACAGUACUAAGACAGGUUUUCAAGCAUGCCUGCUUGCACAGGUAAUGUUUAAUGCCAUCGGACUGCUCAUCAAAAGCAUCAGCACAGAUUCUUUUCUGUUUGAGCCCUUUUUUUUGUUUUGUUUUCUAUAAAUAGCUAUUUUCUUAAUUUUUUUCCUUUUAUUCCCUUUUUUCACGAGAAUGAAAUUCAUAAAUGCAACCAUCAGUAAAAAUGAAUGAAUUGGCGUGUUUAUACUGUAA